GCGCAUCCGGUGGUCGACGGAAUAAGAGGCAACGAAGACCCGGAGCUCGUCGUUGGACACGAGAAUCGCGCGUGCCUUUGGGGGCGUACCACGAAUUGUGUGGACUUAACCGCGCGUCAGUUUCUUUAGUGUCACCCGGUCUUUGAGUGGUAAAACACCGACAGAGGCCCUAGCGUUGAUUUUCAGUGCCGAGUGCGCGAUGAUGACAUUAAUAUGUGGGUAAUGUUGUGUGGGACAGCGAGAUAACAAUGCGUUUAUGGAAAGAGGAUUUUCAUUGCUCGCAACACAUCGACCACUUUACGAGUUCGAGGAUGAUCGGUUAAUUGACGAACAAAGCAAUGACAAGUGAUAAAAAUGACUCAAUAGUCUGCAUCUAAAUCGACUGAAUGAUGAGUGGAGCCCCGAUACCGGAUGUCGGGCAAAGCUGGCUGAAAAGCAACUCCACUUUGGCCGGCUCUGACGUCAACUCUUCGGAACAGUUAACCACACCGACGCCGACUGAUAUCAACUCGUUCUAUUUCUACAAGGCCGAGCAGUUCACCGUGCUGUGGGUGCUGUUUACAAUGAUCGUCUUGGGUAAUUCCGCCGUUUUAGUUGCCCUCCUCGUUAGCAAAAGUCGAAAAUCUAGAAUGAAUUUCUUCAUCCGCCAGCUUGCCAUUGCGGAUUUAGCAGUAGGCUUAAUUAACGUGUCGACGGACAUCGCUUGGAGGAUAACAGUGGCUUGGCAUGCUGGAAAUGUCCUUUGCAAAAUUAUACGUUUCCUUCAAGCCGUGGUAACAUAUUCCUCGACUUAUGUCCUCGUCGCCCUCUCCAUCGACCGCUACGACGCCAUCACUCAUCCCAUGAACUUCUCCGGGAGUUGGAAGCGAGCGAGGCUUUUAGUCGUCUUGGCGUGGCUUCUUAGUAUUCUGUUUUCCUUACCUACAGUUUUCCUUUUUGAGGAAAAACCCGUUCAAAAUAUACCGCAAUGUUGGAUAGAUCUGCAAACGUGGCAGUGGAAGGUUUAUAUAACCCUUGUAGCCCUGGUCCUCUUCGUUUUUCCCGCUCUUAUCAUCAGUGCUUGCUAUGCGGUCAUCGUUCGCACGAUAUGGUCCAAGAGCAAGCUUUUAAUACCCGUGGGGCACAUCCCCAUAAGGCACUGCGAAGACCAUCGUGAUAGACCGCCUCGUCAUUUCCACGAAGAACACGACACUCGUCGUGCUAGCUCGCGGGGAAUUAUUCCUCGUGCUAAAAUUAAGACUGUAAAAAUGACUCUCGUCAUCGUUUUUGUGUUCGUGCUGUGCUGGAGUCCCUAUAUAGUAUUUGACUUGCUUCAAGUGUAUGGCCACAUUCCGAAGACCCAGACAAAUAUUGCCAUAGCUACAUUAAUUCAAAGCCUGGCACCACUGAAUUCAGCUGCCAAUCCCGUAAUUUAUUGCCUCUUCUCCACACACUUGUGUCGAAAUUUACGAUGCUGUUCAUUACUAAAACAUUUAAACUUCGAUCCGUGCAGAAAGCUGCCACCGUUCUCGUGGAUAGCCAACUGCCUCGCGUUGUGUUUCCCCGGAGUCCAGGGCUCCGGUCACUGUCUCGGUUACGGUGGCGGCGACUCGAGCGGCACCGUCACCACCUCUUUGAACCAUUCCACGCGACGAUCGGGCUCUGCGGCCUCCCUGAGGCACACAAUUAGGCUGCAGCCCGCCCUCAACAACACCCACAAAGUCGUCAUCUCCGUUGUCUAGUCACUUGCGUGUUAAACAGGAGCUGGGGAAGCCCCGGGCGACAAAUACGAAGCUAAUCAGCGUUUUUGCGGUAUUUUUAACAUAAGCUUUGGUCUCAAAUUAUGUGAUUUUUUGUAUACGUUUUUAUUUAUUUUUUAUUUAUAGUGUAACAACCAAAGCUUUCAAUUUUUCCCUACACUAGCGAACCAUGACAAUAGAGUAACAAUAAAUUUCUGGUAGUUCUAGUUUAAAUAAAUCAGCACACGUCCACCAUUUUCUCGUGUAAAUAUCUGUAAAUAGGUUCAGUUUGCAUUGUAAAUAUGUGUAAAAAUAACUGUUAAACAGGGUGUUUCAAAUGUUUUGUGUGUUAAUGGGUUUGUCCAGCUCCAGUAUUAAGUGUUGAAUUUUAAGCUUGUAUUUUUUCUAUUCCUACAUGUAAUAAAUCACAUCAAAGAUUUUUCAACAAUUGAGGCGCUGUAAAUAACCCGGCGCAUCCACCAAAAACAUGUUUAUAUGUGGAAUCUUAGUUUAAAAAUAACAUGAAAGGGAAAUAUACAGUAUACUUAAAUAAAAAUAGAAAAUUAUUUAUUAUAUAGAUGAAAAAGAUACUAUUUGUUACAUUUUUUACCAUGUAUUUUAAAAGUGUAUGCCUGUAGAAGACGUAAAACUUAGUGAAUUUAAGAUAGUGUUCUAGGUAGAAUUUUUGUAAAAAUUUCUUAUGCUCAAAAUGAGAGAUAUAUUUUAUAUGUAAUAUAUAUUCAGUGUAUUAUAUGUAUAAUAAAUA